GGCGUGGAGCUGAGAGCGGCGGGGUGUGCGCCUGCGCCGAGCUCCGGGACAGGGCGUGUUCCUCGUUCCGGUCGGCGUUUUGCUACGAACCAGUGCAUCUCUUCCCACUCAAGUGCGCCCUGCGGAAACCUGUGGUUCCCUCGCCCAGCCUGACAGGUGCUGCCCUCCGCGAACAUGUCCAAGUCUCUGAAAAAGUUGGUGGAGGAGAGCCGGGAGAAGAACCAGCCGGAAGUGGACAUGAGUGACCGCGGCAUCUCCAACAUGCUGGAUGUCAACGGCUUGUUCUCCUUAUCCCACAUCACCCAACUGGUCCUCAGCCACAACAAGCUAACAACUGUGCCGCCAAACAUAGCAGAACUAAAGAAUCUGGAAGUGCUGAACUUCUUUAAUAACCAGAUUGAGGAGCUGCCCACACAGAUCAGCAGCCUUCAGAAACUCAAACACCUGAACCUGGGCAUGAACAGACUGAACACGCUGCCUCGAGGAUUUGGCUCUCUCCCAGCUCUUGAGGUCCUUGAUUUGACUUACAACAACUUGAAUGAAAAUUCUCUUCCUGGAAACUUCUUCUACCUUACCACCCUGCGUGCACUCUAUCUAAGUGACAACGAUUUUGAAAUCCUGCCGCCAGAUAUCGGGAAGCUCACAAAGUUGCAGAUACUCAGCCUUAGGGAUAACGACCUGAUCUCGCUGCCUAAAGAAAUCGGGGAGCUUACUCAGCUUAAGGAACUCCACAUUCAGGGGAACCGCCUGACCGUUCUGCCCCCAGAACUAGGCAACUUGGAUUUAACGGGUCAGAAGCAAGUGUUCAAGGCAGAGAACAAUCCCUGGGUUACCCCAAUUGCUGAUCAGUUCCAGCUUGGUGUGUCCCACGUGUUUGAAUAUAUCCGUUCUGAGACAUACAAAUACCUCUACGGCAGGCACAUGCAGGCGAACCCAGAACCGCCGAAGAAAAAUAAUGACAAAUCGAAAAAGAUCAGCCGGAAACCUCAGACAGCCAAGAACAAAUAAAGGGUUGGCAUGGGCUGGACUUCUCAUUACUCCUCUUCCUUAUUAUUACUUCUGUUUCGCGUUACUGUUUCCCACCAAUAAAUACAGUGAGUGUGUAGCCUUUCCACUCCCCAUUUCUAACACUUAUCACUUCACCUUUUAAAUGCUUUAGGUAGGUGGUAGGUUUUUAUGGGUUCUUAAAAUCAUUUCCAUUUGUUCCCUAAAAACUGCCAAAGGCAGGAAACAAAGCUCUAAUUCAACUGCAAAUUCCAUAGGAGGCACAGACCGCAGCUCCUUGAAUAGAGGUUCACUAAGGUGUGUGUUCUCAAAAGAAUAAUUAAAAAAUCAUGCGAUCACUUAAAUGUCACCGCUAACACGGCUCGCUCCUCUGUUUAUUCACAGAACUCAUUAUUUCGCUUUGUGAAAAGCUUUCCUUACCCAUCGAGGUAUUAUGUUAACUUACAAGUAAUUUUUAAUAAAGUCUCGAAUUUGUAUCA